AUGUCGACCAACAUUCUCAGCCUCCCCAGGGAACUUCGCAACAGGAUAUAUGAGGAACUCUUGGUGUGUGAAUCCUCUAUCGAGAUAGACUCCCAGCUACGAUUCCUACCCAGGAACCUGACUCAGGGCCUACUUUUCACAUGUAGAACGAUACACGGCGAAGCCACGUCAGUAUUUUACGCGCAGAAUAUCUUCGAAUUCGACCUGUGGAAUGCUCAAGGUUUUCUCAAUAAGAUUGGUCCUAUCAAUGCCAGCUCUAUACGACGCAUUGCUAUCAACUUUCCCGCAUUCUCCGAUCUUGAACCCUCUGAUAUUGAGCUUGAAGUCAACGACUCUCAGGGCUUAUCGAAAAUCCAAAACGACUGUACCAGUUUGAUUGCGCUUGAGACCGAUUUAGAAAGCACCAAUGCUUGGCAAACUACUCUCGAUGAACUUGACAAUCUCAAUAUUGUUGCGGAGGCUUUGGCUAUAGUUGAUUCUCACUUCAGAGCCAUUCCGUCCCUACAAAACAUUACUGUCAACUUGUAUGAGGAGGGUCCGGGUGAUUAUAUCAGGAGGGAAAUGAUGAGUCACGGAUGGACUAUCAACACUACGGAAAACCCACAAUCGGAUGACGAUGCCAACGAUGUGUAUGAAUGGCUUGAUCCUCCUCAUGAUGGUGAUGGUUCUGAUUAUAGCAUCGGUGAAUAUGACAUUGAUAACGAUAGCGAUUAUUAG